ACUAGGACUAGAGGAGAACAAUAUGGUGACGUUGAUUGCUCAAUCACUUGUAGCGCCAACAUUUGUGCCACUGCCUCUUCUAUCGCCUCCCUCGUUGCGAAGGGGAUUGGGCAUUGUGGAGUCUGGAUAGAAUCGAUUGUCGUCAACUCAAGCUUGCGUUCCAACAGUUCUGUUCGUCCAGGCACCUCGCACAAUCCGCCAAGUCAAGGACAUCGCGGCUUCGUGAGGCGCCAUGAGUGCAGAGAAGCGCGUCCCGGUCACCCAGGACAUCGACGGCGAGGCGUGCUUCAUGUGCUACGACCCCGUGCUGUACCGACAAGUCCCCUCGUUCGAACCUCGAGAAGGCGACAUCAUCCAGGUGUCUUUCCCGAGGUCAGGCUCCCACUGGAUCCAACAGAUUUUGCAGCUCAUCUUGAACAGCGGGGAGUCGGCGGAGUCGUACGUGGAUUUCGCGAAGAAGGCACCCUACCUUGAGAACAGGGUGCCCGACGGGAUGGAGUCUCCGAGGCUCCUGCGGACGCACUUCUCAAUGGACCGAAUUAAAGUAGACCCGAAGGCCAAGUACCUGUACGUGGCGCGCAAUCCGUUGGACUGCUGCGUCUCUUGCUACCACUAUGUCCGUGAGAUACCGGUGUGCAAGUUCCAGGACGGUACCUUCGACGAGUUUCUCGACGCGUUCCUGGAAGGGAACUCCAGUUUCGGGGACUUUUUCGACCACGUCCUGUCCGGCUACAGGCGAAGGAAGGAGCGCAACGUCUUCUUUGUGACGUACGAGGAACUCCAGAGGGACAAGAAAGGCUCAAUCUUGAAGCUGGCUCGGUUCUUGGGUGAAGACUACGAAGAGAUGCUUAAGAAUCGCGGCGACAUUCUUCAAUCUAUUCUAGAGAAGAGCUCGACCGUCUUCAUGAAGGAUCUCAUGAAGACCACCCCCAAGGAGAUGCGUGAAGUGCUUAUGAAAGCAUCGCUGCAGGCGCCACCUCUAGAGGAAUCGGGUGAAGACAAGGGCUACGAUUCGACCACCAUUAACAUUGUUCGGCAGGGCGGUGUGGGAGGUUGGAGAAAGUACUUCUCAGAAGAUGGGAUUCAGAAGAUGCGAGCUAAGAUCGACGAGAAUAUCCGGAAAUAUGACAUUAUGUCUCACUGGGAAGACAUCUAAGUUAUCGCAGCGUGCCCGUACUUCCGGGG